AUGGAGUCUUUGGAAAGUGGGGACCGGCUGGCAGAAGUCAGGCAUCAGGAGCAGGCCUUUGGAGCGGCGCCCACCGCGGCGCGGCGCGCCCUGGCACUGGAACUCGGCCCCCAGGCCCUGCGGCAGGUGCGGCUGCUCGCCUUCGAAGGCCGGCCUUUGCACCUCCGGCUGGGUCUGCUCAGUCCCCCGUCAACCCCCCCACCCGCACCUCCCUUCGCAGGAAUUACCCAGCUGCCCUUUAGCUGUCGUCGCCCCCAGACCAUCUCCAGAGCCUUGGAUCAAUCCCCUUUCCCCGGUAAAGGUCCCCGAGCCCCUCCUCCCUCCACCAGCCCUCUGCAGCGCCUCUCUCCCGCCGCACAAUGUGGAUCCCCUCACCAGAUCCACACAUCUUCCCGUGCAGAUGAACUCGGAAAGGAGAACAGGAAAGCCAAGAGCUGCGAUCUUCCCAAGCCCACGGCGGGAAAAGUUUCUGGGGUCCCCGUAGCGCCCUCCACCGCGCCGGCGCGGAUCGCACUCACCGACCCCUGUGGCCCCGCAGCACCGACGCUCCUGCUGGCCCUCGGCCCGAGUCACAUCUCUGCAGCGCGCUCGCGGCCCCCGCUCGGCGCCCGCCCGCCCGCCGAUCCGGCCUCACUGCACCGCCAGCCCGCCGCGCGAGGCGCCCCCUGGCCCGGCCCGGCCCGCGCUGCAGCAGCGACCGCGGCCCCGCCCCUCCGGCCGGCCCCGCCCCGGGCCCUAAGCCCCGCCCCCGGCCCACUGGGUCUGCAGCUCAGCCCCGCUCGAAGCGAACCCAGGCCCCGGAGCGCCCAGACGACGUUCUUCCAAACACCUAGUGCUCCAAAUUCGAGGGCACCCCUCCACUUUUUCGUUGCGCCCACUGUCGGGGCGCACGACUGGUUAGAUUGA